AUGGCAGGUCUCAUGCAGAAGGGCGGCGACGUGGAUGUGGAGAGCCGGGGCCAGCAGCCGCACACGAUGUCCGGAGCCGCGGACGGCGCCAGGACGGGUACCGCGGGCGGCUCGUCAAUGGCCACGGCCGGCGGAGACACGAUUGAGCUCGGCAGCAUGGCCGACCUGACUCCCGCACGGGCCGUUGACGGAGGCGAGGCCGGUGUCACUGCCGCCGAGGGCGAGACCGGUGCGCCGCCGCCACCCCCGAAGAAAUUCCCUACCGGCCGCCGGAAGUGGAUAUUGACUGCAGGGAUAUGGAUUGCCCUGUUCUUGUCGACGCUCGAGUCGACCAUUGUGAGCACGUCGCUUGUCUCUAUCACGACGGCGCUGAACGGCUUCUUGAUGCGCGACUGGAUCGUCACCGCGUAUUUGCUGACUUAUACUGGUAAGGCCAUACCUUGCACACCGGGAAGGUCGAUCUGGUCUGGGAGAGUGUGUGCUGACUUGACCUUCCCGAAUGGAACAGGCUUCCUCACCAUCUACGCCAAGAUCAGUGACAUCUUUGGCCGCAAGACCAUGUUUGUCCUGGCGCUGGCCAUAUUCACUGUGUUUUCCAUCUUGUGCGGUAUAUCGAACAACAUCGUGGAGCUCAUCGUCUUUCGCGCGUUCCAGGGCAUCGGCGCCUCGGGCAUCUACUCGAUGAUCAUGGUCAUCGCGCCGGACCUCGUCCCGCAGGACCAGUACGGCAAGUACAUGGCCAUCGUGGCGACCGUCUUCAUCGUGGCCAGCGUGCUGGGCCCCAUCCUCGGGGGUGUCAUCAACACGCACUCGUCAUGGCGCUGGGUGUUCUUGCUAAACGCCCCGGGAGGCACCAUCGCCCUGGCCAUCAUCAUCUUCUUCCUGCCCACGUCGGAGCAGUCGUCCAAGAUCCCCAUCCUGCAGCGCCUGCGCGUCAAGCUCACGCGGUCCGCCUUUGCGCGCGUCGACCAGCUGGGCAUCCUGCUGCUGCUCGCCGCCUCGGUCCUGCUCGUCUUCGCGCUCGAGCAGGGCGGCACGCGGUACCCGUGGGACAGCGCGCCCGUCAUCGCCACCCUCGCCAUCUCGGUGGCCUGCGGCGUCGCGUUCCCGUUCUGGGAGGUCUACGUGGAGAAGUCGAGGUCGGCGCAGGAGCCCGUCUUCCCGAUGAGCUUGCUGAAGAAUAGGCUUAUCUCUGCCAUGCUACUAACCGCCUUCUUCACGGGCUUCCCCUUCGUCUCCAUCGUCGUCAACAUCCCCCAGCGCGCGCAGGCCGUGGCGGGCCUGUCCCCGCUCGACGCCGGCAUCGCCCUGCUGCCCAUGCUGCUGAGCUCGCCGCUCGCGACGGCCGCCUCGGGCUUCCUGACGGGCAACUUCAAGGUGCCGCCGUUCUACCUCGUCGUCGGCAGCUCGUGCCUGCAGCUGCUGGGCGUGGGGCUGACGGUGUCGCUGCCGACCGACGUGACUGACCGGGUGCCGCGGGAGCAGUACGGGUACGAGGUGCUGAUGGGCGUCGGGUUCGGCAUGGGCCUCACGACGCUGCUGACCUUUGCGCGGGUGGUGGUGUCGGAUGAGCACCUUGCUGUCGCCAACGGCGCCAUGACGCAGGUGCGCGUCCUGGGAGGCACGAUCGCGCUGGCCGUAUGUGCCACGAUCCUCAACAACCACAUCGGCCCGCGCAUGGCCGCCAUCGUCAGCCCGCAACAGGCCGCCGCCAUCAAGGAAUCGCUAGCGGCCAUCGGCGAGCUGUCGCCCGAGCAGCAGGUGGCGGUGCGGCACGCCUUCGCCGAGGGCUACCACCGGCAGAACAUCUUCAUGACGGCGCUGUCGGCGAUCGGGCUUAUCUCGUCGUGUUUCCUGUGGGAGCGGCGGCCGAGGAGGGCGACUGAGGGCUGA